AUGGGGAUCAGCCCUGUGCUAGAUAUUGGAAGUGCAGAGUGGGCGCCGGUGGCCGCCAGCGGUCAGGUGCGCUGUGGUUGCGUCCUCCGGCCCCUAGGGGGCGGCGCGGCGCCACGUCCAGGCCACCAGCCCGCGUUCCCUCCCCGCCAGGAGGUGGCGCCUGAGGACGCCGGCCUUGCACGCUUACCGGGCGCCGUCGUUGUCGUCGAGUGGGCGUGCGCCGGGUUCGAGGGUUCCGGCGGCGCUGGUUUCCGAGGUUUCCUCCUAUUUGCAGGGUGCGUGGGCUGGGAGAGAGCGCGGGGGUCGCUGGUGUCGCCCCACAAAGUGGGCCGAGGGUCCCAGGACCCGAAGGCAAAGGCCGAGACCCCCCUGGUUCUCCGUUCUCCCCAGAUCCCACCCUGUACCCCAGAACCAAGACCAGCUGCUGCUCCUUCGGCCUUCCUUCGGCCCACCACGCCGUCCAACGCCCUUCUGCCUAAUCACAAGCUGGAUCACCUUGAUUCAGACCUGCCCCCAGCAGGCCCCACUCAUAAAAAGGGGGUGAUGGACGGGCCCCUGGAGGAUGCGAAUGGGGAUGUGGCCCCCGAUUGGCGGUUGGUUGUGUGCAGUUCCCAGGGGGAUUGGCAGGAGAAACCUGGUCCCCAAGUGCAGGUUGGGGACCCUAGUCCUCAAAGACCAGCAGAGGAAGCGGGGGCCCUUCGGGCAGAUGGCUCAGGAGAUGGCCAAAGGGGCUCAUUGGAGGGUCCCCCUGAUCAGUCAGAGACAUCAGCCCCCUCCGGGGUAGAAAGCCUUCUGCGCCCCAUGUCCUUCCACCUUAGCCUGGCACAGGGAGACAGUGGCAGCCACAUGAGAUGCUUGGCAGAGGACCCAGUGUCUGCUGUCCUGGGUCCCGUGGUGGUGGCCUGUGACUCUGAACCUUCAUCUGGGCCAGUGGAGCAGCCAGAGGCAGGUAAGGGAGGCUGGGCCAAGGGAGUCUUAGGCCCAGGCUGGGGUCUCUGGGCAACUGGCACAAUGCAAACUCAUUUCCCUUCCCAAGAGCCCAGUUCUUCAUGUCUUCCGAUGCCCACUGACUGCCUCCGGGCCCAGGACCUUAGCUGGGAGCUGCUGGCCAGUGGCAUGGCUGCCUUGCCAGGCACACGGGACGCUGAAGGCCGGGCAGUACUGUUUCUCUGUGCCCAAAGCCCUGCCUGGCUUCAUCCCCAGUGCAGUCCCCAUGAGCUCCUCCGCCUUUUACUCUACCUGAGAAGUAUCCCCAGGCCCCAAGUGCAGGCUCUGGGAUUGACUGUGCUGGUGGAUGCCCGCGUCUGUGCUCCGAGCAUUUCUCUCCUCCAGGGGCUCUGCCAGCUGCAAGAAGUGGUCGCAGGGGCCUUGUACCGGGUGCUGCUUGUGGGAAAAUCCCCAGAAGAGGUUCCUGCUGGGCUCCAGUUGGAGCAGCUGUGCUCUUGGCAGAGUCUCCUGACACACCUCUCGGCCUCGGACCUGCCAAUGUCUCUGGGAGGAAGCCUGCCGUACUGCCACCAGGCCUGGCUAGAGUUCCGGAUGCGUCUGGAACUCCUGCUUCGGAACUGCCAAGCGGUCUGUGCCCUGCUCCAGGGGGCCAUCGAGAGCAUAAAGGCUGAGCCCUUGCCCAUGGAGUCUGGGGAAGUCAACAGGCUGCUCCAGCGGGCCCAUGUCCUGAUGCAGCACGUGCUGGAUGCACCGUACCUGGCCUGGCUGCAGUGCCAGGGGGGCUUGGAGCUGGCAUGGCUGAGACAGUGGGUCUCAGAAGUGACCCUGAGUCCAGACCAUAGGCCAGCAGUGGACGAGGUGGACCAGCUGUAUGACAAAGUGGACUCACUGCUGCACCAGCUGACACUGCAGAGUAACCGGCGGGUGCAGGCCUUAGAGUUGGUGCAGACACUGGCGGCACAGGAUAGGCUGCAUCAGAUAGAAGUGUGGCUGCAGCAGGUGGGCUGGCCAGCGCUGGAGGGGCCAAAGGAACCUUCAUUACAUGUGCUGCUCCAGGCCUGUGGCUCUUUCCAGGAGCUGGAUCAGAUCGCCCAGGAGCAGAUCAAGCAAGGGGAGAAGGUUCUGCAGCCACUGACAGGCUGGGAUGCUGCAGAACUGGGUCCCCUGGGAGCUCACUUUCUGGCCCUGCAAGCACAGCUCACUGAGUUCUCUGUGGCCCUGGCCCAGCGGCGGCAGAAACUGGCAAAUGCUGACAAGCUGUCAAGCUUCUUCGAGCAGGCCUCAAACUGGGCUGAAGAGGGGAAGCGAGUGUUGGCAGAGUUGGAGCAGGAGCACCCCAAAGUGGUGCUGCAGCGGCUGCAGAUGCAUUGGACCAAGCACCCUGACUUGCCUCCUGCCCAUUUCCGAAAGAUGUGGGCCCUGGCCACGGCACUGGACUCUGAAGCAAUCCGCCAGGAGUGCCGCCUGGCCUGGGCACAGUGCCAAGACACCUGGCUAGCCUUGGACCAGAAGCUGGAGGCUGCUCUGAAGCUGCCCCGCUCAGAGAGCACCGCCAGCCUCUUUGUGCACCGGGGUCCCACUGUCCCACCGCUGAGGAAGGCCUUUAGCUUGGAUCGCAACCUGGGUCAGAAUCCCUGCAAGUCUGACCACUGCCCCCAAGUGUCUGCUACCGGCAAGGCCCAGCCCAGGCCAACUCCUGUCAUGCCUUUAUCAGGCAGUGCUGAGCUCAGGAGUCCCAACAGGCUUCAGCUGGUGAUGGUGGAACUGGUGGCUACAGAACGGGAGUAUGUCCGUGCCCUUGACUACACCAUGGACAACUACUUCCCUGAGCUGGACCGGCCAGACGUGCCCCAGGGCCUCCGCGGCCAGCGUGCCCAUCUCUUUGGCAACCUAGAGAAGCUGCGGGACUUCCAUCAUCAUUUCUUCCUGCGCGAGUUGGAGGCCUGUGCCCAACACCCAGCCCGGGUUGCCUACGCUUUUCUGCGCCAUAAGGUACAGUUUGGGAUGUAUGCGCUCUACAGUAAGAACAAGCCUCACUCGGAUGCCCUGAUGUCCAGCUAUGGCAACACCUUCUUCAAGGGCAAGCAGCAAGCUCUGGGGGACCACCUGGAUUUGGCCUCCUACCUGCUGAAGCCCAUCCAGCGCAUGAGCAAGUAUGCGCUGCUACUACAAGAGCUGGCGAGUGCCUGUGGGGGCGCUGGGCAGGAGUUGAGUGCCCUGCAGGCUGCCCAGAGCCUGGUGCGCUUCCAGCUGCGCCAUGGCAAUGACCUGCUCUCCAUGGAUGCCCUCCAGGGCUGCGAUGUUAACCUUAAGGAGCAGGGCCAGCUGGUGCGGCAGGAUGAGUUCACGGUGCGCUGUGGGCGCCACAAGUCUCUGCGCCGCAUUUUCCUCUUCGAGGACCUGCUGCUCUUUAGCAAACCUCGCCGGGGUCCCUCCGGCACCGACACUUUUACCUACAAGCGUUCCUUCAAGAUGGCAGAUCUCGGUCUCACUGAGUGCUCUGGGGAGGACAACCUGCACUUUGAGAUCUGGUUCCGCCGUCGCAAGGCCAGGGACACUUUUGUGCUGCAGGCUGCCAGCCUGGCCACCAAGCAAGCGUGGACGGCUGACAUCUCCCGUCUGCUCUGGAAGCAGGCGAUCCACAACAAGGAGGUACGCAUGGCUGAGAUGGCAUCCAUGGGUGUGGGGUGCAAGGCUUUCUGGGACAUCACCCCCAGUGAGGAAGCCAUCAACAACCGCACCAUCGACUAUGUCCUAAAGUGCCAAGAAGUUCGUUCACGGGCCUCCAUUGCAGUGGCCCCAUUGGACUCAGACAGCCCCUACCUGGGGACCUGCAGCCCCCUUCCUGGAGACCCUGCCUCUCGCUCAGUGCUGGGGCCCCUCAACCUACACUUGCACAGAGACCCAACGCUCCGGGGCCUGCGCUGGUCCCUGUGCUCACCCAGCUUUCCAGAGGAGGCUGAAGCCACAGCCAAGCUGGGCAGUCAGCCUACUCUGACUCCUGAGGACUCAGAAGUCUUGUCCCAGUGUCCAUCUGCCAAUGGCUCCAGUGGCUCCGACAGCAGCUUCGUGUCAGGGCAGGCCCUGGGCAGGGGCCUGGAGGACGUGUCCUAUGUGAGUGCUGCUUUGCCCUCAACCUACAGCCCCAGGCAGAAGCUGGGGGGGAGCUUAAUGAGUGGGAUGGCAGGUGUCCUGCUGGGAAAUCUGACUGCAAAGCCUGAAUGA